CAUGAUUCUAUCCUCACCUGAACAAGUCCUCCUCUACCCUACUCGGUAUUCGAGUGACUCCUCUCCCUUCUCCAAUCCCGACUGAUUCCCCGACCCUUUCAAACCCAUCGCUGGUUGCUGGUUCAACCUCUCCCGUUCCGCGCGGUAGACGCAUCUCCUGCCUGCCUUUCCUCCGACCGACCGGACGUCUCUUGAGCGCCACAAUGUCGUCGUCCUCCGACAAUGGCCUCCUAUCCCCACCGCCAGUCCAUAAUAUUCCUUUGAAUGACCUGGAAUCCAAUCAUUCUCGCCGUUUCCCCGCUCCCAGUUGGUCCGAUCUGACCGACCCCUCGGCUCUCGCUCCUCAUGUCAAGCACCACAUGGACAACGGCAUCGACCGUCUGGACGACUUCUUCACCAAAGUCGCUAUCUUCAUAACCCCGAGUUACUUGCAACAUCAUGUUGGCGGCAAGUCGCAGCCCCCGUCUAGACAACAUGCGAUCGCUGCGUUGGAUGGUCUGCGCGGCUGGGCCUGCCUGCUAGUCUUCAACUUCCACUUCCUCUUCACUUAUACCUGGAAGGUUGCCGUGGGCUGGGGAUUUAACAAUGAGAAUUUCAGCGUGCUGCAGCUCCCUAUAAUACACAUGCUGGUUUCUGGCCAUAUCAUGGUGGCUAUCUUCUUCGUCAUAUCCGGUUAUGUGCUCUCCUACAAGCCACUGAAGUUGAUCCGCAGUCGCUCUUGGGAACAGACCUUCACUACCCUAGCCUCAUCUACCUUUCGUCGUGCACUCCGCCUCUACAUCCCAUCUAUCGUUGGCAUCUUAUUGGUUUUCAUCGCGGUCCGGUUGGGCGUGUACAACUACUCACAUAAAGUCCUGGUAGAGGGCCACACCAUCCUCGGCACGAACGAACAGCAUCCCCCGAUCAUGCGGUCUUUCUACAAGCAGUACUGGGACUGGUACCUGGCAAUCGUUCAUCUGAUGGAUCCUUUUAACUGGGCGCUUUACUACAACUACUACAACCCGCAUCUGUGGACCAUCCCCGUUGAGUUCCGCAGCUCUAUCGUGCUCUUCCUCACCAUCCUGGGCACUUCUCGUCUAACAACUGCCAUCCGGAUCUCGCUCGUUAGCGGCCUAGUCUGGUUCUGUAUGCGCUGGGGCCGUUGGGAUAUCGUGCUCUUCCUAUUUGGCAUGCUUAUGGCGGAGGCGGAUCUCAUAAACGGCACCUGGGAGCGACCUGCGAAUGAGAGCGAGUCGAAGCCAAGAACUGGGCAUCGUCACUUCCUUCCCAAGCAGCAAAAUGCCCUUAGACAACUUCUUCCCUUCCGUCUCUCUACCCGCAAUCUUUGGAUCGGCCUUUUUGUACUCGGUCUGUACUUGGGUUCGGCCCCGAAUACUGGCUACAAGUGGACUCCCUUCUACCGUUGGACCUGGGAGAUUACUCCCAGAACCUACCCGGAGCCACAUCGGUUUCCCCAGACCCUGGGCGCUGUGCUCAUUGUGUUCAGCAUCAACCACUCCAAGGAUCUCCAGAAACUCUUCACCCACCCUCUCUCACAGUACUUGGGCAAGAUUUCAUUUGCCUUCUACAUCGUCCACGGACCCAUUCUCCACUCGCUGGGCUACUCUCUCAUGCCCAACAUCUGGGCCGUCGUUGGUAAGGAGACCAACUUCCAGUACUGCCUGGGUUUCUUGAUUGGCUGGCUCAUCUGCCUUUCUAUCUCCCUUUGGGCUGGUGAUGUCUUCUGGCGUGCGGUGGAUAUUCCUAGCGUGAAGUUCGCCCGUUGGCUGGAAGACAAGCUUAUUUCACUCUUGAAUGACCUGAGUCAAUUAGUAGUGACGGGAAUAAGGUCGCUUUCUUUGGGAGUGAGAUAG